AUGGGACCUGAGCGUCGGUUACCGUGCAUGACCCCGGGGGCCAAGGGGGCCAAGACUGGGGCCGACUUUCCAAGCCUACCUCAGCGGGAAAGAAGUUAUGUUCAAGGCACGCAUAGCCACCGUUCAUCGGUCUCGCGAUUAUCAACGAGAGAUCUGCAACUCACUUCUUCCAACGACGACUUCGAGCUUCAGAGAACACACACUCAGAUCCUUGAUCAACUGCGUGAAGCGAAGCGGUUGCGCCAGGUAAAGGAUCCUUCCUUGCAGCCUAGCGAGAAAGCUUGA